AAGCACGUGGUACCACAGACCAAAACGUUUCAUUUCAACUGAACGCAACUGGACUUUCACAGUUUGCGUUUCUUUUAAUCUCCAGAUAUAACCACUGGCACUGAAACGUCUUAUUUUCGUUUUCGUUGUAGCGUCCUGUGUUGUUUGCUAACGUGAAGCAAACAGGUUGAAUAAUUUUCCACCAUGGUUCGAGCGAAAAGAAAUGUGAAGAUACAGAGGCCAAAGAAAACAGAGCGAUAUGAUGAAGAUGAUCCUGAAGCCUACAAGGACAUGCUUGUCCCUGAUAAGAAAUCGUCACAGUACACAAAGGACAAAAUCGAUGAAUUUCAUGAUCAGAAGAUCGCAAAACUUCUCGCCAGCGGUGUUCAAAUGGAGAGCGACGAGGAGGAGCUAGAUGAUGAGGAAGAAGUGAUGGCCCUGGAUGAUUCAGAGGAGGAGGAGGAGCAGCAGGAGGAGGAGGAGGAGGAGGAGGAAGAUGAGGGGACAGACAUGGAGAGUGAUCUAGAAGGGAAAAAAGAAGAAGAUCUUCCUAAUGAAAUGGCCUGGGGCAACAAGAAGAAGAUGUUCUACGACUCCGACUAUGUGACCGCCAAGGGGAAAUCACAAGAUGAGCUGGAAGCUGAAGAACAAGAGGAGGAAGAAGAAGCUAAAAAUAUCCAAAAUCGUUUAGCUGCAAAUCUGAGCGAGGAGGAUUAUGAUUUAAACUUUUUGCAGGAAUUUGCUGUGGAAGAGAAGGAUGAGAACAAGACUGUGCGAAAAGAGGAGAGGAUCGUGAAAGACCUGAAACAGAUGUCCCAGAAAGAAAAAAUGAAACUUCUGAAAAAGGAAUCACCGGAGCUGCUUGAACUUAUUCAGGAUUUCAAGACAAAGCUCAAUGAACUGAAGGAUGAGCUGCGGCCCCUCGCACAGAUGGUCAAGGACGGAAAGAUCCCACCAGGAAAGGGUGCCGACUACCUCAAGACAAAACAGCAACUGUAUCUCAAUUACUGCACAAACAUCAGUUUCUACUUGGUGCUAAAAGCAAAACGGAUCCCUGUUCACAACCAUCCAGUGAUCGAAAGACUGCUCACCUACAGAAAUCUCAUCAAUGAACUGAGUUCAGUAGAUGCUCGGCUUGCACCUCAGUUUCGCAAGCUGCUCACUGGUGAGGAGAAAGAUACGACCACCAGCAGAUCAGCAGAAGGCAAGAAGUCCAGAGUCUCUGGUAAAAAGGAAAAGGAUUCUGGAGAAACUGUGCCCGAGGUUGAGGAGGACUCUGAUUCUGACUCUGACCUGGACGAGGAAGCAGCUCUGCGUUUCUACAAAGAGUUGGAAAAGCGGUCGAAACUGAAGCGAAAGGGCAAUGAGCCAGAAGCUGAAGAGAUGGAGGAGGAUGAAGAGGAAGAGGAAGAUCCAGAUGCUAAGAGAGGAAUCACUUACCAGAUGGCCAAGAACAAGGGGCUCACACCAAAGAGGAAGAAAAUUGACCGUAAUCCCAGAGUCAAGCACAGAGCGAAGUACAAACGGGCCACAAUCCGCAGAAAGGGCCAGGUGCGUGAGGUUCGUCGGGAGGAGACGAGAUACAGUGGAGAGCUGUCUGGUAUUCGAGCUGGUGUCAAGAAGAGCACCAAACUUAAGUAA